AUGGCAGAAAAAGGACUAGUUGCUAGCAUAAUAAAAUUUUUAAUGAAACAAUUGGAAGAUGGUGACAUCACAGCAGAUUCACGUGAAAGUCUUGAAGUAGCGAUUCAAUGUCUAGAGAGUGCAUACAGCGUGCAAGCUACUGAUUCUCCAGCUAAUUUUGAUUUACUUAAUACUUACAAAACAGCUGUAGAAAAUUUAAUAACAUUGCCACCCAGCGAAGCAACAGAUGAGGAAAAAGCUGAAGCAGAAAAAUAUAAAAAUGAGGGUAAUAAUUUAAUGGGCAAAGGAAAUGUUGAAGAAGCUAUCGAGUAUUACUCCAAAGCUAUAAAAUUAGACGGACAUAACGCUGUGUAUUAUUGUAACCGCGCAGCAGCUUAUAGUAAAAUAAAUAAUCAUCGUGAAGCAAUAAAAGACUGUAAGACAGCACUUGUAAUUGAUAACAAGUACAGUAAAGCUUACGGAAGAAUGGGACUUGCUUAUUCGAGUUUAAACGAACACAAAGAAGCUAAAGAGUGUUACGAAAAAGCAUUGGAGAUCGAACCGACCAAUGAAAGUUAUAAAAAUAAUUUGCACUUGACAGAAGAAAAAUUAGCACAACAAGGCGUCAGUAAUAUUGGUUUAGGCGGUGCUGGUAAUGUUCCAGGGUUCCCAGACAUGAGUAGCCUGCUCUCACACCCAGUACUGAUGAACAUGGCUAGACAAAUGCUUGCAGAUCCGGGUAUGCAGAAUGUUAUGACUGAAUUUAUGAGCGGCAAUGUUGAAUCUAACGAUCGUAUGGAAGCUCUUAUUCAAGCAGGACAACAAUUAGCACAACAAAUGCAAAGUGCCAAUCCAGAAUUAAUUGACUUAUUGAGAAGACAGAUGGGCGGUAACCCAAAUGAUCCUGAUCCUCCACAACAAAAUUAA